UUUUCUUUUGAGGGGGGGUGGUGGUGGUGGUCCAUGUUGGGCUGUACACCUCCCACUGCUAAAUCCAACCUUUGCCAGACCUCAGGGUGAGAUACUUAGGGAAGAGAGAGCAAGCAAGAUCUCUCCUCCUCCCCCCCUCUCUCUCUCUCUCUCUCUGUCUCUGGCUGUUAAGCAUGGGUUUCUAAUCCUUAGCUUGGUCUCUCUUGCUCUCGCUCUCGCUCUCGCCCUGCCUCCUUCCCCUGCCUUAUUCUCUAAGUGAGAUGCUUCUCGCUGUGCCUUGAGACAUCCUCCCCAUGCGAAAGGAAAGAGGUUGUAUGAAUGUAAUUUGCUGCUGCUGCUGCUGUUGAGAUGCUUGGAUAGAAAUGAUAGGGUGGUCCAAGCUCGAAGGCUGGGUAGCGAGAGAGAGGUCCCCAUCUCGACCCAAUCAUUGCCUGAUCCUGACAUAACGUGGCGUGGGGCUCCUGUGUGUGGGGGACGAACGAGCUGUUGGCAAGUCUUCGGGCGACGCGGAGAGCGAAGAGGAAAAGAAAAAAAGGGGAAGCGAAGAGAAAUGGUGAGACAAUGAUCAAGGGGGAGAUGGGUUUGGACUGAUAGCUGUCGAAGUCAGCUUCUGUUGCAGGCACGAUACUGCCUGGUCCUCCUGAUUCUCCUGCCCGUUGCCGCAUCGGAGACGGAACAGGAGAGGCGAUGCAAGGACAUUCAAAUGAGCUGCGAGGAAGUGACGAAUGAUAUGGAGACGCAGAUUAACAAACUGGCUGGGAAUCUGCUCCCGAGUAUGUUGGAAUACGAAAAGUUGGUGGAUAUGGACAGGUCUGCGCUGAAUGGUGUCUGCUUUGUGUCCUUCACAUUGACUCAGCUGCUAAAGAGUAUGUCCUUGCUGAAUAGCAGCUUUGCUCCGAACUCCGAAAACUCCAAUCUCACCAGUAUCUUGAUGAACCGACUCAACAGAAUUUUGGAUUGUCAGAAGGAAGAGACCUGUUUGACAGAUCCAGAGACGACGAUUGUCAGACAGUGCGUGGGCUAUUUCUUUGAGUAUUUUCAAAGCAUCCUCAAUCGCUACAGAAGAAUAUUCCAGAAUUUGUGCGUAGAAGGCGCCAGAGGAGAGAACCCAGACCAGCCAUCAGCCACAGCACGAUUCAUGAAUCUUAAAGGCGACUGCAUCACCGUCCUUCACACCUCAGGCCCUCCUGAGGCAGGACAAAGCGAGGUGCUGAGCGCCACGGCUGGCUCCCCGAGGGCUGGAGGAGGAAGCGGUAACCGUGGCGACAACGGCGGAGGGGACGACUGCAGACCAACAGAGACCACGUUGAUCACGAGUGGGGUGGAGCCCAGGAAGAUCCCCUCCAUCUCAGUCACACAGACUCACACGGGAGCUGAAGUAGCCGAUUCCCACCGCAGUAAACCCGCCACGUUUUGGCCCUGCUUGGUUGGCGGAUUAGCUGUUGCUUUGUUGAUUUUCAUCGUCUUAUUCUUUUAUAAUUACCAGCAAAAAAGGAGACUGGAGCGACAGUACAUUGCCAAUCUCAGUGAAGGGGAUACCAGUACGAUACCAGUUCUAGAAGAUACGCUCUGAGCUCUCGGCAUAAGUGGAGCGGCGGUGGAAAGGUCUAAACAUUCAGCUUCUGUGAAGUUGCAUCCCUUCUCGUUUCCUGCCCAACGUUUAUUGUUGUGGCUGGAAAUCCCCCAAAACUUCCCCAAAUGCUCUCCCGUUGUCAGACAUGUGGCCAACUCGGCUCCACGGCUCCAUCGUCGCUGCUCAGUUCUCAGUGGAAUGAAUUCAGAAGAGACUUGGCACUCGUGCACGCUGGCACUUACAGGCUCCAAAACCCCUCGGAAAAUCCAGCAGCGGAAUUUACAGGCCAAAGGGAGCUGGAGGUGGAGAGUGGGCGUGCGGAGG